AUGGCGCAUACGAGAUUUGUCUACUUUGACGGCUUCGGAAGAGGUGAGGUCACAAGAUUGAUCUUGAAGCACCUUGGUCAAGAAUUUGAGGAUUUUAGGCACACUUUUGAGUCUUGGGGAAAAGAAAAAGCAUCUGGAGUGGCUGAAUUCGGUCUUAUCUUAUCUUAUAAAAUUUAUAACGCUUAACGUCCACUACGGGGUAGCCAACUCCAGAGCUGCCACCAUAUUUGUACACGUGUCGGGGCUGUGGACCGCUGGAUCGAUCCCUUUCGAUCACCAAGGCACGCACAAAUAAGGCGUUCCGGCUUCGACAGCUUCGCUACUGCCACGGCUUUAUUUCGACUCAGCUCCUGCGCGUGUUCCGCCUGAGGGUCCAUCUCCCUUGGGAUGUCCUGAGGGGUAAAGAUCUGAGAGUCUUGAUCGCACUGAGGAGCAGUUCCUCUGGUUAUCUCCAAAGUUAAACCGUGUUGCUGUGCAGAAGUUCUUGAGGUAAAAAACCCAACCCCGUUAAUAAAAUUGCUUGAGUGAGAGAAAGUUAGCAGAGCUAACUUCGCUUGAGCGAAAGCCAUUUUAUUAAUGGCUGAAUUCGGUCAACUUCCAAUGCUUCAAAUUGACGGUCAUAACCUUGUGCAGUCAAGAGCCAUCGAAAAGUAUACCAUUUUACAUAAGACUUUUUUUAAUAAAUAUAAAAAUACUCAGCCAGCUAUAGCAUCCUAGUCUCUUUAUUUAGAGAUACUUACUUAGGAGGGCUGGACUGCUGUCACAUGACCUAUUUGAACUUUACCAGGACGAGUCACUUGUCGGAUAUUUGGACGAUAUUGGGAACAUUAUCGCUAAAUUUGUUUUUGUUGACAAGGAUUUUGAAGGGCUUGCCAAAUUCAAUCAAGAACAGCUGCCUGAAAAGCUUAGAAUCCUUGAAAGAAGGCUUAAUCCAAGCAAUAAUCAUAGUGUUGGGAACUCAAUUAGCCAUGCUGAUUUUGUUCUCUUCCAAUUUGUUCAUGAUUAUUUCUUAAGACCUCAAAAAGCUGCAACAAUGCGGCCACUUCUCGAAGCCAGUGCUCCAAGGCUUAUUCAGUUUGCAGAGAAUUUCAAGAAUGCAAGUCACAACUUGUCUGCUUACCUUGCAACAAGAGUGGAGACGCAGUUUUAA